GCGACAUUCUCACGACACAUGGCAUCUACGACCAGUUUCGCCGCCUGCUAGACGCUUCUGCGCGUCUAGCUAUACGUCAAGCGACAACCCGGCUUCCGACGGAGGGAAGUACCCAGGCACACUACAACCCCAACAAUCGCAUCUCCGCACAAAUCACGCCGCGACGGCAUCGGCGAUAUCAAUCAAACGCAGCAUUUUCAUAUUCGCGAAGAAGCCAUUCUCGCCCGGUGGAAGGGAACAUUGAAAGACAAAACCAAUACGCAAGUGGUAGGAGUCAGCCGAUGGGCUUAAGGUCGCCGAAAUGAAGUAUCUCAAUAUACCGGACAUCUACCCGGUUUUGAAUGCGCUGAAUUUCUCGACGCCAGAUUGUCACGUCGUUGGAGGAUGCGACAUCUAUUCUAUUAAGGCUACCAGAGACGAUAAGAAAUUUUACGAGACCAUCGAGAACAGCCUGGAAUCACAAUAUGCGUCACUUGUAAGACUGAGCGCGUCUCUCAGUCCGCCGUAUCGGACUCGGAGUGAAGAUGGCAGGCGCAGCGACGGUGCUGGCAGUCGAAGACAGAGCCGCAGCCGUACCGCGGAGCCGGUGCCAGAGAUUGAUCUCUCACGCGCCUCACCGUUCGGAUCUCUAAGUCAGACUACUUCGCGGAGAGCUUUUGCUUACAUGAUAGCUACGCUAAAUGCGUCGCAUCCGGACUACGAUUUCUCGCAUAUACUACGGCCUUCUGAUUUCCGCAAGGAGCGCAGUCUGCGUAGCAUUAUGCACAAGAUAGACACCACGCUCCAGCACUUGCGGCCCCGGCAGACUUCGGCUAUGCAUCAUCUGUCUCCGCCGUCGUCUUUAUCGAGCUCGGCACCAGGCACUAGCCUGAUGAGCGAGGUCUGGAAUCAAAACAUGUGGAAGCUCCUUGAUAAGGAGAUGAAUCUUCGUCAAUGCGAAAGAUACUCCUACGUCCCGGAUGAUGAUCCGUUCGACGGCGACGAAGGAGCCAUAUGGAGUAUGCACUAUUUCUUCUUCAGCAAGGAGAGGAAGCGUGUGUGCUACCUCUACCUUCGUGGCUUCAGCGUGAUAUCUCAUUCGCCCGUCCAAGCGGCGCUCAGCGUCCAGAAGCCGAAGCCGGUCCACAGGAAAGUGUCCAGCAUAUCUGUUGGCGAGGGUGCUGGAAAACGUGCUAGCUUCUGGCUUAGCUCAGAUCUUCUAUCUAGAAGUAUAGAUACCGUGAGCUAUGGCGAAGACGACGACGACGAGAUGGUGAUCGUUGAACCUGGCGACGAUGAAGUCGAAGUGCCCUACAUGGACCUUGAUGAGAUUCGAAGCGACAUCGUAAACGGAAGAUAUGAGGACUAUGUCAUCGACGAGGAGUCGGACGAGUACAAUAACUACGACGACACUAUUGAUGAGAUGUGGCGCGAGCCGCACCGUGUCAGAGCCGUCAGCGAAGAGAUUGGUGCGGCUAUGGAGGUUGAAGCUUGAAGUCAACGACCCUUCAAGAAUGAAUAUACACAUUGAAGCGCAGAAAUGAAUCAUGGGCGGCGUUAUGGGAUUUGUAUAUGUCGGAUGAACGGUGGCAUACUGGCGUUUCUGUAAGGUGUACGGAUGUGAGAAUGGGCUGCAAGGCGCCUGUUGUACUUUGGUGAGCAUGGCCCUCGAGUGCUGGUGGCGCGGCUGCUCAGGGCGUUCAGUGUUUGGGACGAGUGAUACCUCUCUUGCGGUUUGCUUCUUACGGCCUCUAAUUCUUCCUGCGAAGUUCGUACUUGAGAACACAAGAUGUUUCUCUGUUC